AUGGCCGGAUUCCUCGCUGUCGCUGCUGCUGCUGCUGUCGCAGUAGCCGCGAUCCUACGCCUCGUCUACCUCGGCCUGCUGCCCAGGCCCAUCCCCGGGAUCCCAUGUAACAAAGACUCGACCACGCGGCUCAUGGGGGACGCGCCGUACUUCAUAGAGCUCGGGAAGAGCGGCGCUUUCUGGAUCACCUUCUUCACGGACCUGCUGGCCAGGCACAACACGCCGAUCGCGCAGUACUUUACGGGCCCGUUGUCAGGCUCCCACGUUGUCGUCGCGGACUAUCGCGAGGCCCGCGACCUCAUGACGAAGCGCGGCAAGGACCUCGCCCGGGGCUCCAAGAACAACCACGUGUGGCAGGGGGUGCUCCCCGAGCAUUUCAUCGCCAUGGAGGACUUCCAUCCCUCCUUCAAGCACGCCAAGUUCCUCACCAAAGACUUGAUGACGCCGAGCUUCCUGCAUGGUGUAUCCGCGCCCGCUUCGUAUAAAACGGUCGUCAACUUUAUCAAGUUCUGGAAGCGCAAGGCCGUUCUGGCCGAUGGGCUGCCGUUCGAUGCGGCCGAGGACUUGGAGGGCUUCACUUACGAUAUCAUGAUGACCGCUGCCUUCGGGAUCGCAGAGCAGGACAGCCACACCGUGGACCGGCUGAACACUCCCCAGACCGCCAAGGACGUCAGACUUGUUGGCGACGGGCCCGGGAAGGUGGCCGAGUUCCCGCCCAUCAAGAUCCCCGAGAUGAUUUCCGCCCUCCAUGUGCUCAACGACAGCCUCAACGGGGCGUUCUGGUUGGGGAAGCCGGCCGUCUUCCACGCCGUGAACAACCUCCGCCCAUCGGUCCGCCGGGCCUUCGGGUCCAAGAGAUCGAUCAUCCAGUCCCACAUCGACCGCUCCGUCGAGAAGCAGCUGUCUUCUCGGGGCGGCUCGAAGGAGGACUUCGCCUCGGCCGUGGAUUACGUCAUCUCCCGCGAGAUCUCCGCCGCCGGAAACGACGGGCGACGGCCCGUUUUCGACUCUCUGCGCCUGAACGACAUGCUGUGGGGCUACUUCGUCGGCGGGCACGACUCCACGCACAGCACGCUGUGCUUCACCGUCAAGUACCUCGGGGACAACCAGGACGCCCAGUCGAGGCUGCGCGGGGCCUUGCGGGCCGCCUACCCCGAAGCCCGCGAGCAGGGGCGGGAGCCGACGGUGGACGAGAUCGUCAAGACGCAGGUCCCCUUCCUCGACGCCUUCAUCGAGGAGACGCUCCGCUUGUGCAGCCCCGCCGGCGGGGUGACGAAGCAGACGCUCUGCGACAUGACGGUGCUGGGGCAUUUCAUCCCCAAGGGCACUACGAUCCUGUUCCUGCUGACCGGGCCCACCAUCAAUCUUCCCGGCGCCGAGGUCGACGAGGCGAGGCGCAGCGAGACGUCGCAGAAGACGUCGGGCGAGGGCGUCGGCGACUGGUCCCGCAGCCGGUUCCCUCCCGGCGAGUUCCACGCCGAGCGGUGGUUGCACGCCGACGAGAACGGGGGGAGUGUCAGGUUCGACAACAGGGCCGGGCCCUUUCUCAGCUUCAGCAACGGGCCUAGGGGCUGCUGGGGCAAGCGGCUGGCGUACCUAGAACUCAAGUUAAUCAUCACGUUGCUGGUCUGGGAUCUGAAGUUCGCGAGGCUGCCCGAGGAGUUGAGGGACGACGGCCUUGUCCAGGGGUUGUUUACGAAGCCCAAGUCUUGCUUGGUGAAGCUGGAGAGUCUUUCCGUCACGGGUUGA